AUGCCUGGUAUGUUUGACGACUACAGCUAUGACUCCACUGCUUCCACAGAAGACUACGUAAAUUUCAACUUCAGUAGCUUCUUCUGUCAGAAAAACAAUGUCAGGCAGUUUGCGAGCCAUUUCCUUCCACCUCUGUACUGGCUUGUGUUCCUCGUGGGCACGCUGGGCAACAGCCUGGUCAUCCUUGUCUACUGGUAUUGCACAAGAGUGAAGACCAUGACCGACAUGUUCCUUUUGAAUUUGGCCAUCGCUGAUCUGCUCUUUCUUGCCACUCUUCCCUUUUGGGCCAUUGCUGCUGCUGGCCAGUGGACAUUCCAGACCUUCAUGUGCAAGGUUGUGAACAGCAUGUACAAGAUGAACUUCUACAGCUGCGUGCUGCUCAUCAUGUGUAUCAGCGUGGACAGGUACAUUGCCAUUGUACAGGCCAUGAAGGCUCAGGUGUGGAGGCAGAAAAGGCUGCUGUACAGCAAGAUGGUCUGCAUUACCAUCUGGGUGACGGCAGCUGUGCUCUGCACCCCAGAAAUCCUGUACAGCCAAGUCAGCAGAGAAUCUGGCAUCUCUAUCUGUACCAUGGUCUACCCUAAGGAUAAGAAUGCCAAGUUAAAGUCAGCUGUCUUGAUCCUGAAGGUGACGCUGGGGUUCUUCCUCCCCUGCAUGGUCAUGGCUUUCUGCUACACCAUCAUCAUUCAUACCCUGGUGCAUGCCAAGAAGUCAUCCAAGCACAGGGCCCUCAGGGUGACCAUCACUGUCCUCACUGUCUUCAUCGUGUCUCAGUUCCCCUACAACUGCAUCCUCGCAGUGCAGGCUGUCGAUGCCCACACCAUGUUCAUCUCCAACUGCGCUAUUUCCGCCAAUAUUGACAUCUGCUUCCAAGUCACUCAGACUGUUGCAUUCCUCCACAGUUGCCUGAACCCAGUUCUCUAUGUUUUUGUGGGGGAGAGAUUCCGCCGGGAUCUGGUGAAGACCCUGAAGAACAUGGGAUGCAUCAGCCAGGCCCAGUGGGUCUCCUUCACUAGGAGAGAGGGUAGCUUGAAGCUCUCUUCUAUGCUAUUGGAAACAACUUCGGGGGCUCUCUCCCUCUGAGAGAACUCACCCAGG